AUGCCCCCCGGCUUUGCCCAGAGCGCUUUGCAAAGCACUCCGCCAGGCAGCCCAACUGAGUCACCAGCAUUCCCCAAUGCAACAAGGAGAGCUCAGCUUCCGGGAGAUUACGAGUCUCUAGUGUGUGCACACACAGCAACAGCCAGACACACACCCAAACUGGCAGAAACCUGUUCUGCCCGGAUCGGCUCGAGCAGCAGCAGCAGCUGCAGCGGCACGAGCUCGAACCUGGGAAAGUGGAACGCGCUCGCGCCGCCGCCGCCGCCAAGCAGGGCGCCCGCGCUCGUGCCCGACAGAGCGCCGCCGGGCAAUGCAGCCGCUAGGAGGCGCUCGCCGGGUCCCGCGCGUAAUACAAUUGUCAUUGAUGGGGGCAGAUUUUUUAAAAAACAAAAACAAAAAUUUGCUGGGAGAAAGGGGGGCGCGCGCACACACAAAAAGUUCAUUAUGCACUACAUAAGUCCUGUAGCCCCUUGGGGUAGCAAUCUAGCAAUUGGUUUCCUUUGAAGCCCCACCCCAAGGAAGCUGUGGGUUUGCAAUUCCUUUAUACAGGACUUGCUCGGCACUGGAGUCGGAAACGUCUUGCGGAGCUGCAAGAAAACCCAUUAUGAAAUUCUCCCCAUAGAUUUGAAACUGCGGGGGAUCAGAACUGCGUUUUGUUGUCACUUAAGCAGCGAGCGACUCCGCAUUAAUUCCUUAGGGAAGCGCUCACGUCGGGGCUCCGGCACGGGCAGCAUCCGUCGAGGAUGCUAGGCGGAUCUAACUCUCAUCCAGGGCUUGCUCUCAAUAGGGAAGCAUAGGGAUGAACAUGAAGCCCAUCCUUGCUCUCCCUAAUGCCAAUAAGGAGCGCACGGAGCGGCUCCCAAGUCCCGAUCCUCCAGAUACAAGAUGUACACGCGCGCACAUUCUUAGGGAAAUGCAGAACACGCGGUGGGAGGGGGGGGAGAGAGAGCAAGAAAUCCGUGCAGAUAACGGGGAAGAAGACGAUUCCAGGCGGCUUGCAGCGAGCAGAAAGCUGCUCGCCUUGCGUGCCUGCGGCGCAGUUCACCUUAAGGGACCUUACAGCGCAGACUUGGCCAACCGGGCGCGCUCCUCUUGGCUGAAGGAGUGGCUCUCCUUCCUGCCAACGAUCCCUGCAAUACUCGAACUGGACACCUCACUCCAGAGACCCAGCAGGGCGAAGUUAGGGAGCGGAUUCCCCUCUUUCCCCCCAAAGGCUCCAAUAAAGGAGGACGUUAACAGGAAAGCAGCCUUUACAGGGCACAGCAAAGGGGGCAAAUGUUAGUUCGUAUUAUGGGCGAGAGAAGAGGCGACACAUGAUGGUGUCCAUUCCCCAGAGGGUGGCAGGGAUGCCCAGUCUCACUUCGAGAAAAGACAUAAAGGUGGCUCUAGUGAGGGACUCUGGCCAGGCGAGCUCUCCAGCCGUUGCCCCCAACCUUCUCCAGGAUACUCGGCUGAAGAGGCGGCCGACUAUGAUGUCUCCGCUUUUGGGGGGAAGAGGGAAUCGAGGCAGUGGCAGGAAAAGCCUUCAUUCAGGCAGCGGCAUUGCCUUGUGGAGAGGGGCUACUUGGACGAGGAGCCUCAAACGCCCGCGGCGCAAAUUAAAAAUAAGAUUCCGCCGGGUCUGAGGGAAAGCGGCGCGACAUAAAAGCGGACGUGGCAGAGGCCCGCGCGCUAUCUGAAGCGUCUCUCGCCCUCACCCCCGUGCCGCCGCCCGGCGCGCGCCCCUGCCUCUGCGCCGCCCCGCCUUCCCCUCGGAGCACGCGGGAGCAGCAGCCCGCCCCUCCUCCGCUGCAAUUGCAAAGCCGGGUCCGGCGCGCACAUGGCGCUGCUGAGCUGUUGCUGCCGCGCGCGCCGGGUCCGCCGGCGGAGACCGGCUCGAGCCGGUAUAAAAAGCUUGAGCUCGAGCACAGCGGCAGCACUGCCGCAGUUACAAGAGGGACCGGGCGGAGGAGAGUCAGGUGGGGGGUGCGAAGAGGGAGCCCGCCUGGCUAGCUAGCUGGCAGGCAGGCAGGGGAGGAGCGGCGCCCCACAGGGACCCCUCUUCUCGAAAAGCUAGGCGCGGACGGUGCACCCCGCUGGGCAUGGGGCAGCCUUGGCACCGGCGGAGAGAGCCUUGCGUCGGGUAACGGGGGGUGGGGGAGCAGCGACCUGCUCCUCUCUUCCCCGCCGAAGCGAAGAGGGUCUGUCCGAGGCGCAGGCUCCACCCUCUUCAAAAGGGGUCUCGCAGCUGAGGCGGCAGAAAGGGUUGCGUGUUCCUCCCAGGCCACCUCAGCAUGUUACUGACCGGGUCAUAGGCCAAAGCUGCACUGCUCUGCAGCUCGGGGAGGAAUCUUUUUUUCCUUCCUCCGUUUCCUCUGCCCAAGUUGCAGCUGCAGCAUCUACCGACUCGGUAAGUGGCUUUUCUUCUGGACACUGAAGUUUGGUUGUCUUGCUGCUGUAGCUUUUUUUUGUUUUCUUUUUAAACGUUAUUUGCUGCCACAUACUUUUUUUUUUUAAGAGGGGGGAGAGACUAUGUGGCCCCUUCUGAAGGAGCCGGCUAAAUUGUGAUGUGCAAAGUGAUGCAGACAUAUGGAGGGCUUAGCUUUCCUGCAUCACAAGGAAAGUAGAUGGGCUCUUUUCUCAUCCAUAUCCCUUCAGGCUGGAGGGGGCUGGGGUUUUCCCCCCCUUCAGAAGAAGGCAUUUUCCCCACUCCCAGAGGAACCUCUUUGCACACAAUAGUAUGGUCUCUUGUCAUUGGGCACCCCUCCUUUAAGAAACUUAGCUUGGGGUCAUUUAUGCGACGCUAUAGACCUGGACAACUCUGCAUUCCAACAAGGUAUCAAGGCGCUUUAAACCGGAUUAAGGAUAACCGCAUGGCGCAACGUGGGCGCCAAAAGUAUCUCCCUCGCUUCUCUCUCUGACUGCAAAUUCUGCAGGCAUCAUCCUAUCCUGAUUCAACCUGGCAUGCUGCUUAAGUUCUGUUACCCAGGCUGUAGUCGGGUCUUUGCUUGAGCAGCAGCAGGAGGCUGGAAUGCCCUCAAUGGGACUCACAGUAUGGUACUCCUCAGAAGCGGAUCAAACUGGUAUCUAAGCCUGUCCUGCACAGCAGAGAUGAGAGAGUGUAUUUUCUCAAAACCAGACCUGCCUUGCAGAUGCACUGGAGUUUAUUGCCUUUAACUUCUGUAUAGCCAAGCAAGUUACACAGUCACAGCGAAAAUGCAGUCCAUGAAUGUAGUUUUCCUUCUGCCCCACAUGAUGAAAAAUUCAUCUGCAAGUCAGUAUUUCAGAGGAUUUGUUGCAAUGCUAACAUUACUUGAUAUGGUUUAUCGGACUGAUAUUUUUAGCCAGUUUGCAUCAAGACUGCAAUUUGAAAAGAGUUCUUGCUCUUAUUUUACACAGAGUGGUUGAAAAAAUAGGCUUCAGAUUCCUUCAAACAUGAGAUCAUUGGGGCAUAGACUGUCCUGUCCUGUGAUUUCAUAAGCACCUGCGCACUGCAGGCUUUACUAGAGAUAGCAACUGCUGUUCCUAGCUAGUUAAUUCUUUGCAUAUUACUAAGCAUUCUAUACCUUUAUUGGCUUGCAUCUAAUGAUGUACUACAGGGUGGCAUUGAAAUAUAUUUAGAUUUGAUGAAUGGAUAAAAGAUAAUCUUCCUUUAAUUUGGCUCUUGCAAACUCAAGUUCAAAAACUGCCUCCAAUCUACAGCCCAGUUAUAGUCUCCAGGUGAAAGAAGUACAAUGUCAGUGGGAUUCAUUUAAAGGCUAAUAUUAUUCAUUCUUAAGUUACUAGAAAAUAACCUUUCAGAUAGUUGCUGACCAUGUUUUAAUGCAUUUAAAAUUCUCUCCAUAAGCAAUUCUGAAAAUAACCUACUAGAUAUUUCAGUACUACCACUAAAAGAAUCAACAGAGCCCAAUCCUAGGCAAAUGAAGGUAUGUCUAACUAAACCCACUGAAGAUACUCUCAAUGGUUUAGACACACCGUACUCUGCAUACAUUACAAUUAGACUAACUAGAAGAUAAAAUAUAUAUUAUAUAUAAACAAUUACAUAUUAUAUGCAGUUAAACUUGAAACAGUUAUAAUUGUAUAGCAGAACUUGCCGUACAAUGGGGGCAUUUGGAUAUUGUUUUCAAAACUCAUGUACAGACUUUUCUAAGUAAUUAAAAUGAGUAAAACUGAUAAGAACAAAAGCUAGCUGUUCAGGUGAGGCAAGAUGAAGGUUUGCUGAAGGACAUCUUCCACCCCCCUCCCCAAUAUUUCAUAACACAAACCAGACCUUGCCUCUAGGAAACUACAGCUUAAGGGCACUCAGAGGAAAGGUAAAUUACUGAAGAAUCCCAAACCAGUGAACCAGCCCCCCCCUUCAAUUAUGACUACCUGACCAGACGCAGAAAGUUAAUUGUAGGGUUGUUUGUUCUAUGGCGAGUGUCUCUGCAGAUCAUUCUGAAAAUAUAUUUACUACCCUGAAAACAGUUUUGGUUGCAUGGUAUCCUGGGAGCAAGAUGAUCACAUAAUGGGUUACAUUUGUCCACAAAACUGGCUCAGAAUCACCCACUGAGCUUCAUGACUGAGUGGGGAUUUGAAAACUGAUCUCCCAGGUCCUAAUCGGAUGCUGUAACCACUAUAGCACACUGGCUUCCUAAAGUACUUCUGCUAUGGGGCAGCUAUAUAAAUUAAGAAGGUAAAUAAAUAUGGGGGAAAGCAAAGUGCUACUUAAGAUUCUUCUCUUAACUGCUUUGAGAUUAUUUCUUUAAAAUAUAAAGUCAUAUAGAAAUGAAAUUAUUAAUAAUAAAGAACCCCAUUGGAGGAAAAUGGCGCCUAGACAUUCUGUUGUGGCGACCGCAACCUAGGUUUAAGGUGCCCUUUGGAGAUUUACUCAUAUAUCUGAGUUUCUAACACGAACGAAGGAGAUUUGCCAAGUGUGUCUGAAUUCCCUAGCUUGUGGAUGCAUGUGAUGCAGAAUAGUGGCAUAAUUAUUUUUGUUUUUUAAAAAAUAGUUACCUCAAAAGUUUUAGCAAUAUGUAGAAAACCUAGAUGGCAAUGAGGAAGUCCCUAGCUGGAUCCAAAUAAACCUGAGUUAUAUAAAGCAGCAGCACAAGAAACAAGUUGGCUUGAUUUUGUUGUCUUGGGAGUCAACACCAAGCAGCACGAUGUAGGUCCUUUAUCAACAUCAUCCAGAAACCUUAGCAUGUGCAACUGCUGACUAGAAUCAUAGAUAGGCUUGGGCUGUGACAGAACUCAAGUCUGGAAGGAAGGAUGGAAUGCAGAGUCCCUUCUAGGGGUUGCCAUCUGUCUGCUUAUGCAAUGCAAAACUGCAAGUUUGGGAGAACCCUUUCACGGCAUUUGUGAAAUUUCACAGGGCCUUUGGGUCUGUCAUGGGUUUUUCACUAAAUUACCUCCUUUCCACUGUAUUUAAGUCAGAUGACUGCUUCUUAAUUGCUUGUUCUUAAAUGGAACCAGCUGGUCCUUACGAUGAAACAUAUUUUUCUGAUUCUUGAUUCAACUAGUUCGAUCUUAUCCUAAAAGGGAAAUGUUUCCAUUAGGAUACGGUCCCAAAGAAGCAGAAAAUCUCUGUGUGAUGGAAAAGACAAGUUACCUUUUGUAACAAGGUCUGUGAUCCCAAGCAUGCUUAGGAGGAAGUAAGCCCCACUGAAUUGAGUAUGCCUACUUCCAAGCAGACAUAUGAGCUGUUCUUAGAACAUGUGCUGAUCUUGCUCUGUUUCUGUCUCUCCCUGUCAUUCCAGGUUAAAAAUGACUGUCAAAGCAACAAGAAUGUCAUGCCUUGCUCCCAAUGUUUAUACUAAAGUGCCUGAUGGAGGAUGGGGCUGGAUUGUGGCUUUUGCUUUCUUCUUUGUGGAAGCCCUGACAUACGGCAUUAUCAAGUCUUUUGGAGUCUUCUUUAUAGACCUAAUGGAAAGUUUUGAUGAAAGCAACAGCAGGAUAUCAUGGAUUAUCUCAAUAUGCGUUUUUGUACUAACAUUUACAGGUGAGCAUGCAGCACAUCUUGUGUUUAAACUGAGAGCCUGGUCCCUAUGCAAAGAGAAGCAUGCCUACCUAUUAUUUCAUAGAAGCACAGAAUUGUAGAGCUAGAAGGGACCAUGAGGGUCAUCUAGUCCAACCCCCUGCAAUGCAGGAAUCUUUCACCCAACCUGGGGCUCACAACCCUGAGAUUAAGAAUCUCAUGCUCUACUGACUGAGCUAUCCCUUUUCACACUGUAGAAGUCUGGGCUCUUAGGAUCGUGUGGUUGUACGGCUGUAAUUUUGCACAUAUAUCGCAGUCCUACAUAAGUACCAAGAAACUGUAUGUAUGGUAUCCACGUACUAUGUUAAUUGUUGGCAAACACUGACAAGCAAAUGCACACAGAGGUUCACUGGACACCCUGUUUACAUACACAGACUGAGAGUACUUUUAAAAGCCUCCGUUUCUCCCCUCAUUUAUAGGGCUGGCUUAACAACUAGAGCUGAUGCAUAAGAACACAAUUUUGCUUAAGUUUCAAGGUCAGUUGUGACACUUCCAAGGAUUUAGAAGUGCUUCUGUAAGAGCAGAAAAGGAAAGAAAUGUUAAAGAGAGUGAAGGGACCAAGAGGGCAAGAUAAUCAGAGAGAAGAUGUAGAAAGUAGUGUUAAGAGUUGGGCACAAUAUACUUUUGCUCCACCUCCACCAUUGUAAUGCAUGGAGAGUUAAAGUGAAGGACAAAGCUGGUUUCAGUGUGGCUAGAAUAGAGGAAUCUCCUCCCAGCAGACACUGCUCCUUAGUGUUUAUCCCAAGAAGGCAACUCAAUCAAACCAGUUCUUUGGUUAGGGGAAGAUAAGUCUGAAAAAAGGGACCAGAACAAUGAAGGCUUGUUUCUGACAUUAACAGUUGUUUUUUCGAGUUAAUUAAAUCACAUUAGUUAACCUUCUGGGAAACAGUCUCCCUUCAAUUUAUGUGUGUUAGCAUCUGCUCUGUAUGGUAGUUUAAUUCAAGUUUACUGACAGAAGGCAAAUUUCACUUGAGCCCUUGUCUACUGGUCCUCUGGAAAAGCAAAGAAAAGCAAAUAUGGAACUGAAACUGAAUCACUGGAACAUUGACCUACAUGGUGUCAGCUAUUUCAUACUUAAUACAAAGGUCUGCCGGGGGGUUAAUUGGGGCUCUGCCAACCUGGAAUUUGCCUAAAACUAAAGCACUUUUUUUUUUUACAAAGGAAAUAGCAGCUAGGCCCUUUGUUUAUAAAUUAACACCAACCCAUGGUUUAUGCAAGAGAAAUACUACAGUGCCACUUGUAAUAUACCGUAUUUUUCGCUCUAUAGGACGCACUUUUUUCCCUUCAAAAAUGAAGGGAAAAUGUGUGUGCGUCCUAUGGAGCGAAGACGCCAUAGCCUCGCGACCCUCUCCCGGCUGGAGAGGUGACGCGCGGCUGUUGAGGCUCUUGCCAUAGCCGCCCGUCACCUCUCCAGCCGGGAGAGCGCGCGGGGCUGCUGGAGAGGUGACGGGCGGCUAUAGAAGCUCCUGACAUAGCCGCCCGUCACCUCUCCAGCCGGGAGAGGAGUCGCGGGGGCUGCUUUAGCCCCGUGCGCGCUCUCCCGGCUGGAGAGGUGACGGGCGGCUAUGGCAAGAGCCUCAAUAGCCGCGCGUCACCUCUCCAGCCGGGAGCGUGCGCGGGCACCCGCGACCCUCUCCCGGCUGGAGAGGUGACGGGCGGCUAUGGCAGGAGCUUCUAUAGCCGCCCAUCACCUCUCCAGCAGCCCCGCGCGCGCUCUCGGCUGGAGAGGUGACGGGCGGCUAUGGCAAGAGCCUCAAUAGCCGCGCGUCACCCUCCAGCUGGGAGAGGGUUGCGGGUGCCUGCGCAGCGCUCUCCGGCUGGAGAGGUGACGCGCGGCUGUUGAGGCUCUUGCCAUAGCCGCCCGUCACCUCUCCAGCCGGGAGAGCGCGCGUGGCUAGCAGCCCCGCGACCCUCUCCCGGCUGGAGAGGUGACGGGCGGCUAUUGAGGCUCUUGCCAUAGCCGCCCGUCACCUCUCCAGCCGGGAGACGCGCGCGAGGCUAAAGCAGCCCCGCGACCCUCUCCCGGCUGGAGAGGUGACGGGCGGCUGUUGAGGCUCUUGCCAUAGCCGCCCGUCACCUCUCCAGCCGGGAGAGCGCGCGGGGCUGCUGGAGAGGUGACGGGCGGCUAUAGAGGCUCUUGCCAUAGCCGCCCGUCACCUCUCCAGCCGGGAGAGCGCGCGCGGGGCUAAAGAAGCCAUAGCCCAGCGACCCUCUCCCGGCUGGAGAGGUGACGCACGGCUAUGGCAGGAGCCUCUCCGCUGCGCCUUUCCGCUGCUCCCUGAACUGCUCUUUGGGGCUGGCGGUGGGCUUCCCCCCGCCAGCCCCAAAGAGCAGGUCGAAAGGAACCUGAAGCCUGGAGAGCGACCCCUCUCGCUCUCCAGGCUUCCAAGGUAGCCGCCUGAACGCACCUUAAACGGCACCUUGUUUUAGAGCGGGAAAACAAGAGGGGAAAGUUCUCCCCCUCUCUGCGCAGCGCCUCCUGCCACUUCGCUGAAGGGGCGCUGGGCAGAGAGGGGGAGAAUUUUUUUUUCUUGUUCUCCCCCCUCUAAAACAAAGUGCGUCCUAUUGUCCGGUGCGUCCUAUGGUGCGAAAAAUACGGUAAUAAAAAGCCAGCAAAGCUUAUUAUUGCAUAUGAUGAGAGUCGCUAUUGUAAUUUGAAAGAGGUACAUGUUGGAAAAAAAUCGUUUCCCUCUUUUGCAGCUCCUCUUUCUACAGUACUGACUAAUCGUUUUGGUCAUCGCCUGGUGGUGGUGAUUGGAGGUUUACUGAUCAGUACUGGGAUGGUCGCAGGCUCCUUUGCACGCACAGUUGUUGAAAUGUACAUCUCCAUUGGCAUAGUCUCAGGUAAGUUAACAUGGUCCAUCGUCUAGUGAAAUUGCCAGUUAUCUCCCCCCCCCCCCCCGAUAAAUGUUUUAUAUUCAGGGCUGGAAGUCCUCCAGGUUCUUAAUGGCCAAGAAAUCUUGCAAAAACCACCUCCUAAUACUAAUUCUUGGUGGGUGUUGGGUUUGUGGAGUUAUUGGGCUUUAUGGAAACUUCCCUGGGUUGUUAUUAACAGUAUCAUAGAUGGGUAGAACUAAACAGAUAACCUCACUCAGAAGCCUGGUAUGAUGCAUUCAAAUAGCUUGAAAAAUUACACUUGCUGUUAAUAAGAAAUGGCCAACUUUGCAAAUAUUUAGCAAGCAACAGCACUAAUUGUGGGUGGUAUGUCUAGAGCAGGGGUUGGCAAGGUUUACCUCGCCUGGGCCAGUUCACUCCAGCGGAAAUACCUCCCUGGGCCAGAUCGCGUGUGUGCAGAUGCGAUUUCCGGGGUCUGCGUCUGCACAGACGCGAUUUUUGGUGUCUGCACAUUCACAGACACUAUUUCUGGCGCUGCGGAAGCGAGUCCCUGCACGGUUUAGCACAGCGCAGGGACUCGCUGACCAGGCAGCUUGGUUCAGGGUGGCUCGUGGGCCGGUUAAACAACCCCUGUGGGCUGCUUGUGGCCCAUAGGCCUUAGGUUGCUGACCCCUGGUCUAGAGUGGUUUUAAAAAACCACACACUAAUGAAAUGGUUUCAUCCAAUGCCUGCAAUUCCGCUAUUGUCAUGCACUAAUCGCAUUUGUUUGGCUUUUAUUUAUAGGCUUAGGAUACUGCCUUGCUUUUCUGCCUACAGUCACCAUUCUGUCACAGUACUUUGACAAGAAGCGUUCAUUAGUCACAGCGGUAGCUUCCACAGGAGAAUGCUUUGCUGUCUUCUCUUUUGCACCAGGUACUGAAACACCCUUCUGAGAUUUUCCCAUGAUCACAAUGUUAACUUGAAUCUUAAAUACAUGUUAAAACAGCUCAGUUGGCUUAAUGGUGUGACCUUACUCCCACCAAAUGUUUGAUUAAGGGCCAUCUAAUCCAGGGAUUGGGCACGGUGGUGUAGAGGAAAUUGGACCCCUUCAGCUAGUUCCAGCACACAAAUUCUGAGCUGGUUGUGGAGGCUCCCCAAAGUUCAGAUUAUAAUGGUUCAGUGGGUCAUUUUGCUCCUUGCCAGGCAUCCAGAGAACUUUUAUCUGAAGCCAAAAUGCCUUCUGCAGUUAGUCUCAGAAUAUCAAGUCACCAAAGCACAGAUCAUUAAUAUCCUUGUACCUCCAUUAAAGAACUGUUACAUCUUUGGGAGGAAAUCGGUCAAGAGAAGAUAUAUGUCAGGCCUUCAGAAUGCAUGGUCCUUUGCUAGAGCCAAAUCAUCUUUCCACUCUUAUGUGGACUCCCAGGAACAGUCAGUUGGAAAGUCACAGGUGUGGAGGUGCAAAAAUACAUUGUUGGGGACAGAGAAUGGGGGAUAAUUAUAACCACAGCACCUUUAUAUCUUGAAAGCAUGUAGAAGAGAAAAUGCAAAGUUCCCAUCUUUGUAAUUAUGUUCUAUCCUGCUGGUUGUUAGAUUUGAAUUCAGACUAUUCCCGGCCCCCACCACUGGCAAACCUACGCCCCCAUUCUCAGCCUAGCACUAUUUUUACAAACUUUAAAGGGCAUAGCAACCCGAUGACAUACAAUCUGGUGGGUUCCCAGUACAUUUUUUUUCCAAGCUAAAAUUAGCGCUAAGCGCUAACCCCAGCUACCUUGGAAUAAUGCAGAGCCUAUAUGAAAUGUUAUUUGAUAUGGAAACCAGAGGGUUUCUCACUUGAGAAAUCCCAAACCUGAGAUCUCAAAAAGCUGGAUUACAUCAAGCCUUCUCAAACGUGCUAAGAUAAAUUGUGCUUUCUCCUAGUCCUUUUGCCAUUUUAAAAACUCCCUUUUGCUUUUAAACUGUGUCAUCUCCAGCUGUGUUGUAGAAUAAGGGAGAGCCUGCCUUCUACCUUGAUGCAGUUGAGAAAGAUACCUUCCCUAUCUCUUUCUCCAGAAGGUGUAGGUUAACAUACCUGAGAAAGUAAGACCUCUGCACUAGAUUACCCCCUAACAAGCAGACAGUGUCUGUGCCUAGUUUGAGCUGAUAUGUACUGUCGUCAUCCCUGCUUUCCUGCAUAGCAUAUGUGAGAAAUGGCUUGUUCUAUGGAGGCCAGGCGGUGCAUGAAUCCUCGUCCCUCGUUAACUUCUUCUUAUAUCUUAGAUCCUGCUUCAUAUACUGCCAAAGCUGGUCCCAAAUAUUUGAGCCAAGUGCGUAGGAGACACCAUGAACAAGUUUGGGCAUAACUUGACCCUAAAAACUUGAGCCUCAGUGUUACCUUUGUAAAUCAGAGCUUCCUGUUCAAUCAGUGAAAGAUGUGUUUUACUUUUUCUUAUCUGUAGCUAUCACUGCUUUGAAGGAGCACAUUGGCUGGAGGCAUAGCCUCCUGUUUGUUGGUCUACUGCAGCUUGGAAUUGUGGCCUGUGGAUUCUUGCUGCGGCCCAUCAUAAUCAAAGUGCAGGAAGAAGUGAGAGUGUCGGCAGCAGAAGAGCAGAGAGAGACAAAAUACAUGCUUGAAAAUGAACAGACACGCACCUCCAUAGAUUCCAUUGACUCAGGAGUAGAAGUAACUACCUCACCUCGCAACACGCCUGCAGAUGCCAAAUCAGAACUGAAAAGCGAGGGACCACCAAAGGAAAUCACAGAGGUGCUCAUAGAAGCUAGUAGCAUCCCUGCCAAGGAACCAAAACCUCAACUCCUAGACUUCUCUGUGAUGAAAGACCAUGGCUUUAUUUGUUAUGCACUUUUUGGUUUAUUUGCUACUCUGGGAUUCUUUGCUCCUUCCCUAUACAUCAUUCCACUUAGCAGGAGCCUUGGAAUAAACAAGGACCACUCCGCAUACAUACUCUCAGCGAUGGCAAUUGCCGAGGUCUUUGGCAGAAUCAGCGCCGGCUGGGUCCUCAACAAAAAGCCUAUCCGAAAAAUUUACAUUGAACUCAUCUGUGUCAUUCUGCUGGAUAUUGCCCUCUUUGCCUUCCCUUUCGCAUACAAUUUUUGGGGACUAAUGAUAUGUAGCAUUUACUUCGGGUUCAUGCUUGGGACAGUGGCAGGCACACACAUCCCUAUGUUGGCUGAAGAUGACGUCGUCGGCAUAGAGAAGAUGUCCUCUGCUGCGGGAGUUUACGUAUUUAUUCAAAGUUUAUCGGGGUUGGCUGGACCACCCCUUGCAGGUAAAAAUGAGAUGCACCCAACUGUUCUUAACUUCUGUUCUAGCUAGGUAACAACUGGGAAAGGGAACAAAUGCUUUCAAACAACUAGAGUGAGCUAAGGGCGAGAGCAAUAGAGAGAUAUGGGAGCAUUCAUGGAAAACAGUGACUAGCAGGUGAGCAAUUGGAAAGGAAACGGCUGCAUCUUGGAAGACAUUAUACAACAGCACAUGCACAUUUUCCAGAAAACCAAGUUGCCAUCAGCACCCUUAAAUAAAUUAGCCUCAUUACUGCCAUCCAGGUUACCUUUCGCUGGAGACUAAGUAGCUCACACCUAAGCGAAAAGAAAACCCUUCCCCGCAACACAUUUCAGCCAUCUCCAAGGAUAGACAAAAGACAACUUGACUGCUGGCACUGUUGUUGUUAGUACAGUGGUACCUCUGGUUGCGAACGGGAUCCGUUCCGGAGGCCCGUUCGCAACAUGAAAGGAACACAACCUGCGCACGUGCGGGUCACAAUUCGCCGCGUCUGCGCUUGCGGCAAAACCCGGAAGUAACCCUUUCUGGUACUUCCGGGUCGCCACGGGACGCAACAUGAAAACACGUAACCUGAAUCAAACGUAACAAGAGGUAUGACUGUAUAGUACUUUUAAUUUACAACGUGCUUCAGAAUCUCUAUUGUGUGUUACUCCUCAGAAGAAUUAUGGUGGGAAUUGACAAUCAGGUAAGAAGGUGACUGCCCAAGGCCAUUCUUGUUUUCAAUUCAAGUGCAAGUAAGCAAAGAACAAAGAGGGGAUAGGUCAUGGGGGGCCCUUCAAUCUCCUCGAAGGGGAAAGAUCUAAAUGAUGCAAAAGGCUUAUGAGAAGGGCAUCAGCUAACACAUUUGAUUGAAAGACACAGAUGCUAUCAACAACACAAAGACAGGAAGGGGUCGUUUCACUUAUUCCAAGUAGACAUUAAAUAAGGGGGGGGGGGUCCUCUUCCUUUAGUAGUUUCUUCUUCCUUAAGAAAACCUGUUUAUCCUAGACAGCUGUGAUUCUAUGUGGUUGUUAAUAGCUACCACAACAUGCAUGGAAAGCCUUGCACUGGUGGGGUAAUACUCUUUUUAAGAAUGACUUUUAAUUCCCUUUGCUUGCAAAAGGCUCGCUUGACAACUGCAGUUCAGGAACUGCAACAACAUUCCGAAAACUGUUUACAAGCAUGAGGUCAUAGGAAAUCAUGGGCAAAAAUCCAGAGUACACUUACUGGGAAGUACUUUAGUCAAAAGGGUCAUUCUUUCCAGUGAUUUUUGCAAGCCCAUCUUCUAAGUAAUUUGGGGGAGGUAGUGGCUGCACUAUACAUUUUUUUUGGCUUUAGAAAUUACCCACAGAACUCUAACCCUGCAAAUGAAGGGAUAUGGCAGGAGAGAAGUGCAAAGUUUUAAGAUGCUUUUGGAUAUGUUGGAUGCUGCCAGAGUCAGAUGGGCGGGGUACAAUUAUUUAUCAUCAUCAUCAUUACUGUUAAUGAUAUGUGCAGGGGGAGGAGAGAUGUUGUUUAUGCACAAGUGGCACUUCUCCCUCAGCGUUUUCCUCUAGUAUCUUCCUUUAAAUCAUCUAGUAUAGUAAAUAAUAAUAUCUAGUAUCUUCCUUUAAAUUACUCUUGCAUAAAAUCCUCAAACUUCAUUUAGGCAUUCCAUAGCUACAGCUCUGGACUACUUUGCAAAAUGUUUAAAUGAACUUGUACAAAGAGAUUUUUAUAGGCUUGUACAAAACGCAGCUUUUGACAUGAUGUUUCAAUAUAUAUUUUUUCCCCUCUCACCCUUACAGGUAUGUUAGUGGAUACCACAAAGAACUAUAGCUCUGCAUUCUAUUCUUGUGCUGCUGGGAUGCUGCUGGCUGCCGUGUUCCUUUCUUUGGUGAGGCCUUGCAAGAAGGUACGUCAAAGGAAGAAGGACCCAGUAGAAGAGAAUGUGUCAAAGCCUUUGCAGGAUGUACCAGAAGACUUUAUAGAGCCUGAUCUUGGAAAAAACGAGGAUUCUUCAAGAAGCAGUGAUAGCGUGGCCUGA